UAUUUUUUUGCAAAACAAAAAACCAAUACAAAAAUUUGUUUAAAUAGAUUGCGAAAAGUCACCUCUGUCAUUUUGAAAAAGCUAUAGACUCCCUUACCUUCUAUUUCUCCAUUUUCUCUUGCCUACCAUCAUUUUCUAAUUUCAAUACAAAUUAACAGAAUAUCAUUUUUUAUUCUCAAUUACGCUCAACCUACAUUCACCCAUUUUACCCAUCCGUUUUUUGUUGACCACCCAAUAUCACUUUACUUUUUUCUUCCCAUUUACACUUUCCAAAAAAUAACAAGCACAAUCAUGAACAACUACAACAACUACCCUCAGUACACCUCUGACCAGUACCACAACCAUGCACCCAUUCCUCAACACAUGGUGUACCCGCACAAGGGCGCAAUGCCGAUUAUGAGCAACCCAAUGCACAGCAAUCCCCACAUGUCCCCUCGCCAACCUUACCCGAGCAUGUCACCACAGAGCAACAGCGGCAACUACAGCAACAACCAGCAACCAAUUACCCAAGCCUCGCAUAUAAUCUCCGAACCCACCUGCCGUAUCUACCGCACAACCACCGACAGCACGGAGGAAGCCACAGAAUUUACUGCCCGCCAACUCAUUGCCUUUGAUGGCAAGAUCUUCAUCGAGCACUUGCCAGGCCACAACAUAAUCUACGCGCCCUCCAAGCCCCGUAUGCCCUCUCGUAUAACCAAGCUCAAGCUCAAAGCCAAGACAAUAGACCGUCCAAAAAACGUCUUUUUCAUGUAUCGCAGCCACAAAGUCAAGGAAAUGCAGCAAAAGUACCCGAAACUCAACCAAACGGUGUUUUCGCGUAUUGUCGCAGAACAUUGGAAAAACGAAUCAGAUGAGGUAAAGGUGUUUUUCAGGCAAAAGUACAAUGAUGAAAUGAAACAGUAUGAGUUGGCCAAAAAGGUCAAAACUGUUAAAAAGCAUCGCUUUGAGCUUUACUCUCAACAGCAGCAGUUUUUGCAUAUGGAAGAGGAUGGAGGCGCGCAGUCUGAUGGGACGGCGGUAGUCUCAGGUGAUGCAAGAAUAAAGUAUUCUCGUGAAAGCUCGGUUGAGAGAAUAAGGGGCCCACCAAUGCCGUUUGCUAGGCAGAGAAGUUUUACUAUGCCUGCUGAUCCUAGACAGCAGGCUGAUAUGUCUAGAAUUAUAUAUUAAGUUUUAGCUUUAUUUUCUAUAUUUUGC